GUGGCCGCGGAAGGUGACGUGGACACGGAAGUGGUCGUCGUCGCGGCAGCGCCGGUGGGAGCAGGGCGCGGGGCUCGGAGUGCGGCGGGCGGUGGACGGGCGGCGGUGGUGGCGGCAGCGGUCUCGCACCUGCGGCGGGAGGACGCGGGAGUUGUUGGUUGGGUGCGAGUCCGCUGUGCCGACAAACGGCUUCUCAGCCCCUUUCUCCUGCCCGUCGGACCCUGGAGCUGGGAUCCGCUCAGCCGGCGUCACCAUGACCAAGGCCAGUAGCAAGGGCGGGAACCUCCGCGACAAGCUGGACGGCAACGAGCUGGACUUGAGCCUCAGCGACCUGAAUGAGGUCCCCGUCAAGGAGCUGGCUGCCCUGCCAAAGGCCACUGUACUGGAUCUGUCCUGCAAUAAACUGACUACUCUACCGUCGGAUUUCUGUGGCCUCACGCACCUGGUGAAGCUGGACCUGAGUAAGAACAAACUGCAGCAACUGCCGGCCGACUUCGGCCGUCUGGUCAACCUCCAGCACCUGGAUCUCCUCAACAACAGGCUGGUCACCCUGCCUGUCAGCUUUGCUCAGCUCAAGAGCCUGAAGUGGCUGGACCUGAAGGAUAACCCCCUGGAUCCUGUCCUGGCCAAAGUGGCAGGCGAUUGCUUGGAUGAGAAGCAGUGUAAGCAGUGUGCCAGCAAGGUGUUACAGCACAUGAAGGCUGUGCAGGCGGAUCAGGAGCGAGAGAGGCAGCGGCGACUAGAAGUAGAACGAGAGGCUGAGAAGAAGCGGGAGGCCAAGCAGCGAGCUAAGGAGGCUCAGGAGCGGGAAGUACGGAAGCGGGAGAAGGCAGAAGAGAAGGAGCGCCGGAGAAAGGAGUACGAUGCCCUCAAGGCAGCCAAGCGGGAGCAGGAGAAGAAACCUAAGAAGGAAACAAAUCAGGCCACAAAAUCUAAGUCUGGCUCUCGCCCACGGAAGCCACCACCCCGGAAACACACCCGGUCCUGGGCUGUGCUGAAGCUGCUGCUGCUGCUGCUGCUGUGUGUGGCCGGUGGGCUGGUUGCUUGUCGGGUGACAGAGCUGCAGCAGCAGCCCCUCUGCACCAGCGUGAACACCAUCUACGACAAUGCGGUCCGGGGUCUGCGCAGCCACAAUAUCCUCCAGUGGGUCCUGCAGACCGAUUCUCAGCAGUGAGCUUGUCCUCAACACCCGCUGCCUCCCAGCCUUGGAGCUUGGAUUCCUAUGGAAUUGGGUUCUGCUGGACACAACCUCUUUUUAGCGUCAGACCUACCUGCCAUCAUCAAAUGGCUGCUGAUUGGUACUUGAGACCUCCUCUUCGUAGGACUUCUUUGUUCCUUAGUCAGGGUUCCCUGGUGGAAUGAGGAGAAAUGGGAGGUGGGGACAGUUACCUGCAUGCCUAAAGGAACAGGCUGGGGGGUAGGAAGAGGAAAGAACAUAGCCUUUUCUAGUUGUUAUACAAAGCUGUGUAAAGGCAAGGCUUGUUUCUACUAAAUGGUCAGCUGUCACUACAUUUAUACCUUUUUUAUGUCACAAACCCUCUUUCAUUCCUCCCUGGGUAGCCAGGGCAGAUCAGGAGGCAGUGUGUUUUUGGGGACUAGGGGAACACCACACUCAGCAAAUCUAGCCUAAAUUGGGGGGGAGGGGAUACCUAUUUUCUUAAGGACCUCAGACAUUCAGACAUUUUAGUGACCAUACAAACUCUCAGGCCGUGAAAGGGACUUCAGGAUCAUCCAGUCUAAUGUAACACCUGCAGACAGGAAAACUGACCUUCCAUGACUUCCCUACAGUCUCCCAGCUAGUGUGAAGCAGAACUCCAGUAUCCUUUCUUUUCCAUCAUUUUGCCUGCUUUGUAAUGUCCCGAGAGGACAGAACUCACACCAGAAUUGAGCAUCUCUCAGCCAGAGUAUAGAAUCUUCCAUGGUAGACAGAUUUAUGACCCACAAAUGGAAAUCUCAUUGCCAUGAGGGUCUUGGGCAGCUCCUGUGGAGUCCCCCCACAACUCGUGGCUUCCAUAAAAGGGGGAUGGUCCAGAUUCCUUGCCUCAAUCUUAGAGCAUUAACUCGCUAAUUGCCAAUAACCAGGAAGGCAGACCCUUGAAAGCCACAUUGUCUGUGACAGUUCUGUUAAUGACCAUCUGUUAGUUGGUGUGACUAAAUACCUCAAAGGCAACCUGGAAACUCAAGCUUCAUGGGGACUGGGGUUUAGAAUUGUUUCAUUCUGGACCUAUAACUACACCUGCGCAGUGAAGGGAAACCAGCAGCACCAUGGAGUUUAAGAGCAGGGUGUUCACUAAUGACCAGCACAGAAAAGGGCAGGACCGUCCAUUCUCCUCUGCCAGAUUAAGCGUUUUGUUACUCUGUGGCCUCCUUUGCCUCAUCUUUUCACAGCAGCUGAAUGAAGGGAUCAGAAAUGGCCAUGUCGUGGGGCUCAUUCACUAAAAACUCCCAAUUGCAAGCUCCUUGCCUCCCCCCAGGGAGAGCAGGAACCUGUCACAGUUCAGAGACAAAGGUCAGGGUCCAGUUUUUUAGCCCUAGUGACCCAUUUGGAUAAGACUGCCACUCACAACUGUCUUGAUAUUGGAAGAAAUGACUUGUUCUCUCCUCUCCCAAGGAUAGCUCUGCUGCGUAGGCCCACACCUUACUCAGAAUCACUAUACAUUCCUAGUCUUCCUCCAAGCUCCGGAGCCAGAGGUACAAAUGCUUUAUUGAAUCUAAACCCAGAGUACAUAAAAUGAGAUUGAGAGAAUACAGAAGGCAGCAUAGUGAUCACACCCCUGUUCCUUGGCUGGUCGAGGCAGCUCCAGUGGGUGAGAGGAAGGCUGGAGCACAUCCAGCCUAGUCACCAACCCACCGAGGGAAGUUCACUCAUGAUCUUGAGAUUUGAUGCUGCAGCUCUUUUGGAUUUCUGCAAUUAUUAAAUAUGUGUCUGAGUGGUC